AUGGCUACCCUUCCGGAACAAAUCCUUCUCGGUUGCGGUAAUCCUCUUCUUGAUAUUCAAACCACUGUUGACAAGGAUUUCCUAGAUAAGUGGGGUCUUAAGGAAAACGAUGCUAUUCUUUGCGAUGAAAAGCAUAAUGCGAUGUUCGACGAAUUGGUCGAGAACUACGAAGUCGAAUAUAUACCGGGAGGAGCUACUCAGAACGCCAUGCGGGUUUGCCAGUGGAUUUUAAAUGUACCUAAUCGAGCUUCAUUCUUUGGUGCGAUCGGCAAGGAUAAAUUUGGCGAGAUGUUGAGUGCUAAAACAAAGCAGGCUGGCGUAGUAGCUAAAUAUCAGAUCAAUGAGACGGUGAAAACAGGUACUUGCGCUGCUCUAAUCUAUGGCCAGAACAGGUCGCUAUGUGCUCAUCUAGCUGCAGCCAACACAUUUACUCUAGAGCACAUGCAUGAGCCGGAGUGUGAGGAAAUCAUAAGAAACGCUAGAUUCUACUAUAUUGCUGGCUUCUUUCUGACCGUGUCUCCUCAGUCUAUUAUGCACAUUGCAAAACAUUCGUUCGAUCACGGAAAGACUUUUCUGUUCAAUUUGGCUGCACCAUUCAUCUCUGAGUUCUUCUUUACGCCACUAAAAGAAGUGCUUCCCUAUGUGGAUGUACUUUUCGGAAAUGAAGAUGAAGCAGUUGCAUUUGCUAAGGCCGCAAGCUUAGAAACAACCGAUUUGAAGGAGAUCGCCUUGAAAGCUGCUGCCAUGGAAAAGGCAUCAUCGAAACCCCGUACUGUUGUGAUUACUCAAGGUGCAGAUCCUGUUAUUGUUGCUGUAGGUGCUGAACUUACGAUGUAUCCUGUUGAGGAGAUUCCAAAAGAGAACAUUGUCGACACCAAUGGAGCCGGUGAUGCGUUCGUUGGAGGCUUCCUGUCUCAAUAUAUCCAAUGCAAAACCUUGGAAGAGUCGAUUAAAUGUGGCAUCUAUGCUGCCGGCGAGAUUAUUCAGAAGCACGGUUGCACUUUUCCAUCGUUUUGCAAAUAUCAUGAAAGCAGUUGA